AUGGCCGCCUCAGUGUCGUCUGCCGUCGGGAAACUCCUUCAGUCGUGUACAGCCAUUGGGGGAAACCUGUUGAAUUCGAUCAUCGCCAUUUUCCAAGCCUUCCUGGCGCUGUUCCAGGAGGUGAUUGGAAGCGUGCUGCACCUGGUUCAGGCCCUUGUCGCAUUUGCCGCCGAGGUCUUCCAAGGAGCAUUGGGUUUCGUUAUGGCAAACUUCUUCGGACUUCUGGUGAUUGGUGGAGUGUACUACUGGUACACGCACCGUGAAGGUUCUGGGAGGAGUCGCUCGUCGAAGAAACGCAUCCCCUGA